AUGGGAAAGCCAGGGAAAGGCAUCGAUAAAGAUCAGCUCUAUGGUAUUAUCGAAUCUCGAAAUAUCGAGAAGAUUCAAUUUGGCCUGGAGCAGCAAUUUCUAACAUGGUAUGGUAGUACUGCGUACUUCCAACUUUCAAGUCGAAAAUUAGGGAUUAGAGAUCCGGACGGCAGGGGUUCUUCCCGCGAUUACACUUCGAAGAGUCCCAAGAUUCGAAGGGCCGGUGAAAGGGACGAAGGCCAUUGCUGGUUAGAAACGCUGUACGUAUGUGAGUAUUGUUUUAAAUAUACGGACAUUCGUUCAGAAUUGCAGCAGCAUGUGCAUAAAUGUCCCCGCCGCCUCAAGCCGUUGGGCAGGCUUCAAUAUAGGAGCUCCGAAUUAAGUAUACGGAGAAUCCAUGGUAGAAAGCAUACGCUAUUUUGCCAAUGUUUGUGCCUGUUUACUAAGCUAUUUCUGGAUAACAAGUCGAUGUACUUCAAAGUAGAUCAUUAUGACUUCUACGUUGCUUACGACACGCAGACUAACAAACCCAUGGCGUUUUUUUCAAAAGACCUGAUAUCCUUCCAGGAGAACAACCUUGCUUGCAUUCUCACUUUCCCUCCAUACCAAAGGAGGGGGUUAGCUACGUUGUUGAUGGACUUUUCUUACAAAAUAUCUCAGCGGGACGGAUUGAUCUCAGGACCAGAACAACCUUUGUCGCCCUUUGGCCUGGUUAGCUACCUGAAGUAUUGGUCCGCGCUAAUAUGUCACCAGUUUGUUGAAGGUGAGCUUAGUGGCGAGAGUCGCGUGUCGUUAGAUGACAUUGCUAGUGCCACCGGAAUGCGGACCGGUGACAUACUAAUGACUUUAAAGUCACUCGAUUGCAUUACUCCAGACAAGGAGUUAUCCUUGAAUGUUCUGCGACGGUGGGCGAAGAAAAAUAGCUUGUACAAAAAAGCGUUCAUUGAUGAUGAUUUCGUGCUACUGGACGGAUAG